GCCAAAAAAAAAAAACUCCAAACUUUUUUUUUUUGUUCACUCAUUCUCCAUAAAUCUCUCUCUAUCUCUCUCUUCGGGUGAUUGUGUUGAAACUUCGAUAGAUAUCUCUCAAUCUAUCUGUGUGUACGUAUAUACAUAUAUACACAGAGAGAGAGAGAGAGAGAUUGCACAGAGAGAGAGAGAGGGAGGGAGAGAUCUGCAAUGGAGUACGAGAGGAUAGAGAAGGUUCAGCAGAAGGGCAUAAUCUCGCCCACGAAGCUGCGAAUGAAGCUGAUGGGUCCUCACCAUAACAGGAAGAAAGAAGGAUCCAACGGUAAUUCCUCGAGGACUUCUCCUUCGCGGCUCGAUGUUCCAGAGGACGCUGAAUUGGCCAAGAACAGCUUAUUAGCCUCAAGUUCCGAUGAUACCCGCCACGUUCCAGUUGCGGUUUCGAAUGCGGAUGUCGGGGAAGUGAACCUGCCGAGUGAGCCGGAGUCGGGCCAGCAUUGCGGCGGGGGAGCCCGAGAGAUGGAUCGGACGAGAUUCCAGCAAUUCCGGAAGGGCGAUUUGAGCAUUGUUCACCCGAUGAGACAGCUGGAGGAAGAGAAUCUCGAUUAUGACAGCAAUGCUAGCUCGUCGAGUUUCGAGUUUCCCGAUGGCGGCGAACGUUCCAACAGAAAUCCCGUCCCGGUGUCUUACCCGAGACAGAUACCGUCCAAGUGGAAUGAUGCCGAGAAGUGGAUAAUGAACCGACAGAAUGUGGCGAAGAAGAAUGGAUCUUUAUGUGGACAGGGAAACCGGUUGCCAGUAAGAGUCGCCCCCGAGAAUGCAGGUUUCGAGCAUAACAACCCGAGGGCAGCUGCGGGCCCCGAGAAGUUCCCGUCGCUUUCCUUCAUGUCGGGAAAUCAGCCCGCACAUAGCAAAAAUCUCGGCGAGACGAAGAAUUCAUCACAUGAUACAACAGCAGCUGGCCCGACAGUGCGUUCGGUCUGCAUGAGAGACAUGGGAACCGAAAUGACACCUGUAGCGAGUCAAGAACCUUCGAGAACUGCAACACCCGUCGGGGCAGUAACCCCUCUCCGCAGCCCAAAUUCUUCUCUUCCGUCGACUCCCCGAGCCAUGGGCCAAGAAGAGCCGUCGUCGUCUUUGUCGCAAGACCCGUCGGGGAGCGGGAAAAAGGAACUGUCGGAGCAAGAAAUCAAGGUGAGGACGAGAAGAGAGAUAGUAGCUCUCGGGGUUAAGCUAGGGAAGAUGAACAUUGCGGCUUGGGCGAGUAAAGAAGACGGGCAGAAUGAUAACAAUAACCCGGAUUCCAUCAGGAAAGAACCGAAUGUCGAGGAGGUUCAGAGGAUCGAGUAUGAAAAACGGGCUGCCUCGUGGGAAGAAGCCGAGAAAUCGAAGCAUACUGCAAGGUAUAAGCGCGAGGAAAUCAAGAUUCAAGCAUGGGAGAGUCAGCAGAAAGCGAAACUCGAGGCAGAAAUGCGGCGGAUAGAGGCGAAAGUCGAGCAGAUGAAAGCUCAAGCAGAAGCGAAGAUGGUGAAGAAAAUCGCGAUGGCGAGACAAAGGUCCGAAGAGAAGCACGCUGCUGCGGAAGCAAGGAAGGCCCGAGACGCCGAGAUGGCAGCAGCUCAAGCUGAGUAUAUCCGCCAAACCGGCCGAAUUCCGGCUUCCGGUUACAUGUGCUGUGGUUGGUUCUCAUGAGAUUGAUGUGUUGUCU